AUGUCUCGGGAUCAUUUCGUUGCGAAGGAUGGGACUACCAUCCAACCUGAACUCAACUCAGUCAAGGACAACAUUGCCAAGCUUGACAUGGCUAUUGUGGCUAAGCUCAUGGGAAGGCGUAUUUCUUUCCCCUUCAUUCUCCAGGAGCUUAAACGGAGAUGGUUUCACUUUGGUGAAUUUGAGAUCAUUACUAUAGGCCCAAACACAUUCAUUUGCAUAUUACAGAGUCAUGAGGCCAGAGAUGUCGUGCUUUCCAGUGGUCCUUGGAUCAUUGCGGGCAACAAUAUUGGGAUGGACAAGUGGGACUCUACUUGCUCACCCAACUCCCUUCAUGGACUUCGCUCUCCAAUCUGGAUCUGCCUGCCUCAGCUCCCUCUCAUCUAUUGGGACCUUAAAAACAUCACUCGCAUCGCUAACUCGCUCGGUGAGCCUUUAUGGAUGGAUUUGCACACAAGCAAGUGGGGACGGUCGUCCUUUGCACGCAUCUGUGUAAGGAUUGACGUCUCUCAAAAGCUACUUCCGGGAGUUUGGAUCAAUGGCAUCCAUGGCAGAUUUUUCCAGCGAGUGGAGUAUGAAGGCCUUACAAAUUUCUGUUUUGACUGUGGCUCCAUUGGCCAUGUGAAAGGAAGCUGCAUCCCCAUUGUAGCUGCUAAGGGACCGUCUCCCACGCAGGGGACAGCAUCUCAAAUCGUCCAUGCUCAGCAUGGGGGGCUGCUCGUGACCGGGCGGGCCAUCUUCUAA